GAUUUACGAAACGUGCUCGAUUAGUUAAUCCUGUUUUAGUUCCUCAUUGGGGCUGCUGAGUGGCCUGAUCAACAUUGGGCGGAGAGGAUUGUACAGCCGUACAGCUGCAUGGGUGUACUGAGUAAGAAAAAGGGAAAACAAGACGAAAAAAGCUCGACUGAUUCAGACAAAAUAUAUUGUAAUACACAAGCUGGAAUGGCUUCCAUCCCUAAAUACUACGAGGGGAAGAAUGUCCUCAUCACGGGUGGCACAGGUUUCAUGGGCAAAGUGCUGCUUGAGAAACUACUCCGAUCCUGCCCCAAAGUCAAGGCAGUGUAUGUGCUGGUUAGGCAAAAAGCAGGACAGGCCCCCGAGGCACGCAUAGAGGAAAUGGUGAUCUGUAAGCUGUUUGACAGAUUGAGAGAGGAGCAGCCUGAUUUUAAAGAUAAGAUCAUAGCCAUAAGCAGUGAUCUGACGCAGCUCGAACUUGACCUGAGCAAAGAAGACCAAGAGAAGCUUGCUGACUGCAUUCAGAUAGUCUUCCACUGUGCUGCCACUGUCCGAUUCAAUGAAUCACUGAAGGAUGCAGUGCAGUUGAAUGUCCUGGCUACACAGAAGCUUCUGGCUCUGGCACACAGAAUGAAACAUCUUGAGAUUUUCCUUCAUGUUUCAACCGCUUACGCAAACUGUAACCGCAAGCUUAUUGAAGAAGUUGUUUACCCUCCUCCUGUGGAUCACAAGAAACUGAUUGAUGCUUUGGAGUGGAUGGAUGAUAAACUGAUCAAUGAAAUCACACCAAAGCUAAUUGGUGAAAGGCCCAACACCUACACAUAUACGAAAGCUCUGGCAGAGCAUGUUGUGCAGCAGGAAUGCGGGAACCUCAAUGUGGUAAUCAUCAGACCUUCUAUUGUCGGAGCUAGCUGGAAAGAACCAUUUCCUGGCUGGAUUGAUAAUUUUAAUGGUCCCAGUGGAAUCUUUAUUGCUGCUGGGAAGGGAAUCCUCCGCACCAUGAGGGCUUCAAAUAACGCAGUUGCAGAUCUUGUUCCUGUAGAUGUAGUUGUCAACCAUACACUAGCUGCGGCUUGGUAUUCAGGAGUUCACAGGUACACUAGGCCAAGAAAUGUGUUAGUGUACAACUGCACAACAGGCGGAGUUAACCCCUUUCACUGGGGUGAAGUUGAGUACCAUGUAAUAUCCACUUUCAAGAGGAACCCUCUCGAGCAGGCCUUCAGACGGCCCAAUGUUAAUCUCACCUCCAAUCACCUAAUCUAUCAGUACUGGAUUGCUGUAAGCCAUAAGGCACCAGCAUUCUUAUAUGAUCUCUACCUCAGGAUAACUGGAAGAACACCAAGAAAAUUGUAUAAAUGUGUCCUUCAAGAUGAACCCCUUAGAACAGGCAAUCAGGCGCCCCAAUAUUACACUCCGUUCCAACUCUUUUACGAUUCAGUACUGGACAGCUGUCUGUCAUACAGUGCCAGCUCUGCUGUAUGAUGGGUGUCUCAGAUUGACAGGUCAGAAACCCCGGUAAGGUGUACAGUGCCAAAUCCACCCGGUUCUGGUAAUGUUGUUAUUGUGGUGGAGGAGGCAAGCAACGGGUCCAUAGACUUCAUGGCAUUGGUAAUGCUGUAUUAAUCCUGAAUUGUGCACUGAAGCAUGAGUAUUUAUUUUUCUUAUUAUUUUUUUAUAGUGCUUUUAGCUUGCUUACAAGUAAACAGCAUGUUACAUAAAUAUGCUUUGCUGAUGCAGUAUUGUACCAAUGCAUUUAUUUAAAAAAAAAAAAAAAAAAAAUACUGCCACAUAAUAUUACAAAACAUAAAACCAUACAGUCACAUUGUAGCACAUUGAGCGUGAAGUAAAUUAGGGUUUCAUAAUUUUCAUGUUUUAUUAAUACACAGUUUAUUUAGAGUAUUUUUUAAGGUUUCAGUUGAAGAACUUAAAGUAAAGGAAUUCUUUAGUUACCCAUGCCAUCAAGUCUGUGACAAAACAAAGUUUACUAAUGAACAAUGAGCCAAACUGUUCAUUUAAUUUUUUCUUUGUUCAGAACAAUACCCUUAGUGCAAGAUCAGGUCAAUCAUUUCAGGCAUUUUCAGACAAGUGUUUUCACCCCAUCAUGAAGGCCUACGUGUUUAACGAGAUCCACCUAGUAUUUCCUCCUGUGCAAAGUUUACCUAAAAAUUAAAAAAAUAAAUUAUAUGUAUGUACACUACUGGUCAAAAGUUGUAGAACACCUCCA